AUACAUGUUAAGAAUAUAUAUGGUUAAAUACCCGAGUAAAGACCGGUAGAAAGAAGGUUAAAAAAAGUCUAAAAUUGGAAGAAACAUAACUGUUGAUCAAGUAAUGAUAUCAAAGGACGCCCAGAAAUUAAUAGCCAACACAAAUUAAAUAGAAGCGUUGGUGGCUAAUUAAAUUUUCUUCUGGGAAAAGAUACAAGAGAAAGCUAGCCCUGGCAAGAGAUCGAUGUCUGGUGAAGGGGCAACGUUAGAGUACACGCCAACAUGGAUUGUUGCCCUCGUCUGCACUGUUAUGGUUGUCGCUUCAAUGGCCGCCGAACGCUUCCUCCAUCACCUCGGCAAGUUGUUGAAGAGAAAAAACCAGACUCCUCUAUUUCAAGCCUUGCAAAAGAUUAAAGAAGAAUUGAUGCUUCUGGGAUUCAUCUCAUUGCUACUCACAGUGUGCCAAAACGUAAUUUCUGAAAUUUGUAUAUCAGAGACAUUGGCGAAAACAUGGUUGCCUUGUACAGAGGAAGAAAAACAGACAUCCCAUUGGACGACGUCACACCUCGACUCCUUAUUCUCUUCCUAUGUUGCUGGUCAUGGGGUCGGUCGUCACCUUUCUUCUAGACCCUCCACCACUAAUUACUGUGCUAAACAGGGUAAGGUACCAUUGUUAUCUACCAGAGCAUUGCAUCAUCUUCACAUAUUUAUCUUUGCUUUAGCUGUUGCACAUGUGACCUUCUGUGCUCUAACUGUUCUUUCCGGUGGAGCAAAAAUAAGUCAAUGGAAACAAUGGGAAGAUGAUAUCGCUAAAGAAUAUGAUCAGAAGAACGUUCUAUAUAAGUUUACACAUGUUCACGAGCAUGAUUUUAUAAAGGAUCACUUUCAGGGAGUUGGCAAGAUAUAUGCUUUCAGAGGUUGGUGGCAUGCAUUUUUUAUGCAAUUUUUGGGAUCAGUAACCAAGUCAGAUUACACCACUCUGAGAUUAAGCUUCAUUAUGAAUCAUUGCAGGAGUAAUCCGAAGUUUAAUUUUCAUAACUAUGUGAUGCGUUCUUUUGAAGCUGACUUCAAGAAAGUUGUUGGCAUUGGUUGGUAUUGCUGGAUGGUUGUGGUACUUUUCUUGUUGGUUAAUGUCCAUGAUUUGCAUGCAUACUUUUGGGUAUCAUUCAUUCCUUUAACUCUCCUACUUGCUGUGGGGACUAAGCUAGAGCAUAUAAUCACCGAAUUGGCCACUGAAGUUGCUCAGAAACACAUGGCUGUUGAAGGAGAUUUGAUUGUGAAGCCCUCUGAUCAUCACUUCUGGCUGAAUAGACCCAAGUUUGUUCUCCUUCUUAUUCAUAUCACUCUCUUCCAGAAUUCCUUCGAAAUUGCUGUUUUCAUCUGGAUUUGGGUUCAAUAUGGUUUCAACUCUUGCAUAAUGGGAAAUAUUGCAUUUAUCAUUCCAAGACUUCUCAUAGGGGCAUUUGUUCAGUUCAUUUGUAGCUAUAGUACCCUACCACUUUAUGCAAUUGUUGCAAGGAUGGGAAGCAAUUUCAAGGGCUCCAUAUUUAAUGAACAAGUGCAAGAAGGGCUUAUUUCUUGGGCAAAGGAGGCGAAAAAGAAAGUUCAGAAAAAGGAAUCUAGCACGACCUCAUUAUCACCAGCAAGAUUUCUUGCUAAUCAACAAAAAUCAAAGUUUAUGAAUAGAUAAAAAUUUUAAUGAUGUAUCUUUGGAUGUUUUAACAGUGACUAGUAUUAACAUUUUUACUUACCAUAAAAAAAAUAAAGUAAAAUUACAUGUACAAACAUUUCUUAUUAACUUAUUUAUAUAAACUGGUUUAUUUAUACAAA